UUAGCUUUGGCUAAUAAAGCGAUCAAGGCUGAUGAAUAACUUAAAUUUUUUUUAAUUAUUUAGCGAUAACAGCUUUAAAGAGUAAAACAUUUUUGAAGAUAAUUAGAGUGAGUUUGAACACUGACCAAGUUAGUUGAUAUUUUUCAUUUACAUAAUAAGUGAGCGGUAAACAAAGUUGUUUGUAAAAAGUGGAAAAGUACAUCGUCGCGUUGCUGUAAGUAAACAAAAUGGCUAAACCUGAAAACAUACCAAAAUGGUUAUUGAUGCUAAUCCUUGUAGUUGGAAUUCUCCGUAUAGCGGCCAGUGAGAGUGUGUGCACACCAGCUUGUCGGAAUGGGGGCACAUGUAUUUUCCACAACAUUUGCCGAUGUCCGAGCAAUUUUGCUGGCAAGCAAUGCCAGUAUUCGGUUGAUCGAUGCGCUCCGCAAAAAAUUGGAUUCAAUGGUAGCGUCAGAUGUAUUGGAACAUCAACCAGCAUGAAUUGUACAUUAUCAUGUCCAAGUGGCGUCGAUUUCGAUUCACCACCGGCACCAGUGUAUACGUGCUCGUUUGAGACUGGCCUUUUCACACCAUCGAGAGCGCCAAAGUGCAAUUAUGGUUCUGGUGUUGAAGUUAUUCGAAGGAUUGUCGGUGGAAAUGAUCAAGUCACUUGCCAUCCAUCUUGCAAGAACGGUGGUACUUGCAUCUUCCGUGACGUGUGUCAGUGCACCAAGGACUAUGUUGGUCCUCAAUGUCAAUACUCAAUCGAUCGAUGUGCACCGCAGAAGAUUGGAUUCAAUGGCGCGAUAAAAUGCACUUACGGAUCAACAGAAAUGCGAUGUACAUUAAGUUGUCCGCCUGGUGUUGAAUUUGACUCGCAACCGUCAGGAGUUUACGUAUGCAAAUAUGAAACCGGAACAUACCUUCCAGCUAGAGUUCCAAAAUGUGUUUACGAUGAAGGUGUUGAAGUGAUUCAACGAACUGCUGUCGGACGAACGUUUACUGGUAAUAGUGGUGGUGCUGACCAAGCAACUUGCAGUCCUCGAUGUAUGAACGGUGGGUCAUGUAUUUUUCACAAUUUGUGCCAGUGUACCAAGAAUUACCGAGGACCGCAGUGUCAAUAUUCCGCCGAACGGUGUUCGAUAACGAGAACAGGUUUUAAUGGUGGAUACCGCUGCAGUAGCUCGUCAACAGAAUCGAACUGUACGAUUUAUUGUCCCGACGGAACGGACUAUCAAUUUUCACCGGCAGCAACGUAUCGUUGUCGAUAUGAGACGGGGCGCUUUGAGCCUUCGGCGAUACCAAAGUGCAUUGCUGCUGAAGGAGUACAGAUCGUCAGGGUAGCAUCGACUUGAAAUCAGCGAAAUUAUUGUAUCUCCAAUCAAUUUUUAAUCAAAUGCAUUGUAAUACAUAUAAUUACGAAUUAAAUGAGCAAAA